UUCCUGAAACAGUACAACAGCAAGUGACUCCUUUCGCUGUCCCCCCGGCUGCGGUUUGUCGGAUUACAUAUCGAUCACGGCUUGAUGACCAAUGAGAACACGGAUCUCUCAGUUGUUUGUGACAGCACUGGGGGCGGAGUUAGCAGGGACAGUCUCUAUGCCUAGUUGGUGAGUAUCUGCCCCAGUCCUGGUAUGAGGACGACAGAGAGCAGUCUGCCACCUGCCAGGACUGGAUUAAAGGAGACAAUGAAGAUAUCUCGUUGGCUGUAAUAUUCAGGCACCAUGGCAGGGCUGUGUCUUCUGCUGCUGAUCUGCCACCUUAGCUCUUCAGUUCUGGCUGUGCUGCUGAGUCCAAAGAAUGUCCAGAUCCAUUCUGCAAAUUUUCAGCACAUAGUGACGUGGGAGGACAACAACUAUAACUCUCUUGUCUACUACAGGGUGCAGUAUACCAAUCGGAGACACUGGUCUGAUGUUUCCACUUGCUCCAAUAUCACUGAACAGCGCUGUGAAUUGACGGAUUAUUUUACAGACCUGUAUGGAGUUUAUAAAGCACGCGUUGUCAGUUUUACUCACAACGAGACUUCCAGUGCAACAACCUCAACGAGAUUCAGACCAAUAGCCGAUACUGACCUGGGCCCUCCGUUCAUUAAUAUAUCUGCCCAAGGCUGCAAUGUGACCAUCGAUAUCCACGCUCCAAUAUCCUACUAUAAAGGAACUCCUUCCAUGGUGCACGAUAACGUCUACCCUUUAAUGAGUUAUGAUAUUGAGCGGAGGCUAGACAAUAAGAAGCUCACCGAUAUCGAGAAUGUGACCUACAAAGAAGUAUUAACUUUUACGGAAAGCAAGUUGCCCCCGAAUGCAAAUUACUGCGUAUCAGUAAACGUGUCAGCGUCUACUAAUACACGAGGCAAGAAUAUCCCAUCUCCCUUUAAAUGUGUAGUCACCACGGCUGCCCAAACUCAUGAUUCCCAGCCUCCAUAUAUCACUAUUGCAGUUAUUGUUAGCAUUCUAAUGCUGAUUGGAAUAGUGUGUUUACUCAUUGGACUUGACAGAGCUGGGUACAUUUGCAUGGGAUGGAAUUUCUUCCCCAAAGUUUUGAAAUCCUUUCCGACGUCGGUGAGUAUGGAUGGAAAUAAGGAAUAUGUCUGCCCUGCACAGUUUGUGUCUGUAGAGACACUCUGUAAUACAGAGAUGGAAGAGUGCAAUGAUAGUGAAGAGGAAAUGUGCGGACAAGGUUAUGCCGUAAGGACUAAGGUUCUGGACACUGCUCAGAAUGAUUCUGGGGGAGGGGAAAGCUCAGCUAUACAACCCUUGGGCUUUUCAUCUUCCAUUGAAUCCAGUGGGCAAGACUGCAGCUUUUCUGCUGAGGAAGGAAUUCCAAAGGAACCGGUGUUGGAACUCACUGAGAGUGGUGCUUCAGCUUCAGAACCGCCACAGGCCGUUGCCUCUCCCCCAGGCCCCAUGCUCUUCAACAGCGAUGGGGUAUUCAACGUCAAUCUGAACUCGGUGUCUGUAGGAAAUCCAGAGGAUCUCUGGACAGUCUUCAAAAACGAGGCAUCCCCCAUAGAGAAACAAGAAGAUAUAACUGCCGUGGAUGUGCCUGACGUUCCUCAGGAUCCCCAUGAUCUCAUUAUUAACCUAUUAAAUCUGGGUGGUUACAGGGGGCCGGUAUCAGAGGAGUGCAAUUCAGAGGAAGCCUCAGAUGAUGGUGAUGCCGAUUCUGAGGCAGAACCGGAAGAGAUGGAGAGGCCCUUUGCUUCAGAUUAUACGAGUCGAUGAGUUCUGCUGGUGUUCGGAGGCAGGUUAUUACUAAUCAUUCAGGGAUCAACCACAUGGAUUUUUAUUCUGGUCAGUUCCUUCCUUUUUAUAUGACCCAACUGUGAACUGGCCAGUGAUGGGAUUGCAAGCGCCUGGGAACCUAGUAAAUGCUUAUGAAGUAUUACAGUUUUGCACUGAAAUUGGACCCACUGGCCUGUGGUAAUUUUCCUUAAAGGGGGUCCAAGCCCCUUCAGGUAGCCAGACUUAACAAACGUGCAGUAUAGAAUCAUUUAGAAAAUGUCUGCACUGUGCAUUUGCUGCGUCUGACUAUGGGAUACCUGGAAGGCAGGGGUUAAAGGUAAUUAGACUGUGGCAGAGGGGGUGCCUAACUCAUUUUAACCCUCCCUAUUGACUGAGGCUUUCCUUAUCCUUUUUAAAUAAGAGAAACUACAGCCCAACAUAUGUUUUUUUGUUUUCGAUUUACAAGAAAAUCUUAGCACUUAAAAAAAAAAAAAAAAGAGCAUUGAAUGUAGAAUGCUGGAUUCUGAUUCCAAGAA